AUUAUGUAUUACCUGAGGAAAAAGGCCAAGUAUGGGCCAAAUAAUCCAGUCAGAUACGUAACGACUGAUGUUUUUUUCAAGUCGUGGGUUGAGUUAAUUUACAAUCAGUUCAAGGAUAACCAUAAUGAUCAUAGUCUGAUCACUCCAGAACAUGAUGUCGCGCAAGUUAUCCGUGGGUAUAAGUUGCUUGCAAAUAUCGCUUGGGAUAAAGUCGACUAUGUGCUCAUACCGAUUAAUGUAGGCCAGAAACAUCAUUGGGUGCUGGCUGUUUUAUCUAUACAAAGCAGGUGUCUUUAUGUCUAUGAUUCACUCCCGGGAGGUGCAGCGCACACUCGUGCGGUUAGAGAAAUUGUUCAAAAACUUGCAAAAAUGAUACCACUCUUCUUUAACAGUACUGGAUUUUAUGGCAAAAGGGAUGACGUAGACUGGAAGAAUAACAUAGAAUACAUUGAGAAGGGUGUUUCUGAUCCUUUGGAUUAUGUCUUCGUGGAGAAUUUGCCAGAACAAGAUCCGGAAUCAAAUGAUUGUGGAGUCUAUGUAUGUGCAUUUGCUGAAUAUAUCAGCCAAGGCAUCUUGGAAAUCCCAAAGGACGAGUUCGAUCAUCAUCUUCACCGUAGUAGGUAUGGUGCCCUACUGUGGGAUUAUGCAAGGAAAAAGCAGGAUGCUGGAGCUAUUAGUGAGUGUGAAGCCACUGGAUUGGUUACCGGUAAAUUAGGUGGGCCAAGAAUUCGCAAGGAACCUGUCCCCCAGUGGGAAAAAUUACCGAGACCUAAACGAAAAGUGAAAAAUUAGUUUUUAGAGUUACUAGUUUGUAGCGUUUGAUGUAAAAACAUAGUUUGUUGGUGACUGGGUAUGAUACAUUUUG